UUGUCAAUUUAUUCUCUUCCCUAUACAGAUUGCUACAGUGGACGGAUUGCUACUUUUUUGGCAAAUAACCAGCGCUUUUUGGACUGUGUUUUUUCCUGGCUUCUCCUUAGUUCAGAUUUUAACAUUCUUUUCUGAACACAUAUAAGGAGAGCCAGUUUCUAAAGAGGGAGACCCUCUGGGGUCCCCCGGCCUUGUGCCGGCCCCUCUAUUUAAGCCAAAAGCCAAAAACACCUCAGGCUUUUGGUAUUUUUUUUUUUGCUUUUUAUUUUUGAACAUCUGACAUCUGAGCUUCUUUUAAGAGGAGUCUCAAGAUGGGUGUCCGGAAUUCCUGCAUUCGUGCUACCAAUCCGGACAAUCAUGAGGUUUUGUCUCCAAAACUUUGUGAUAUGCGGCCAAGGUUACAUCUAUUGGCCAAUAAAGAUCAGGUAAUGGGAGAAAUAAAGAAGGAGAUGCGCAUUGCAGCGGGCGCUGAAAAGCUCUACAGAGUGACCUCAGACAAGGAGACCUUAGUCCGUCUGAGGAAGUUUAUGAAGGAGUCGGGGAAAAAGCUGAAAAUUCUUUAUGCCACCCUUCAAAACCUGAAUGUGGCAAUUGCACAGAAGGACCCUGAGAUUCACCCAGGUUCUCCCCAUGACCCACCAACAAAUGCCCCAGAGGAUUCCUGUGUUAGGGAUGAGUCACCAGCAGUUGCCUUGACACCGGAAGAACCAGCCACCACAAGUGAGAGGGACACCACGGCACAAGAUCCAGCACCAGCACUGCCACUGGCUGUUACUGAGGGCAGGUAAGAUGCAGAGUUCGGCUUAUUAUGAACUGUAUUCUCUGUAUAUGGCCAGGGCCGCCAUCAGGGGGCACAGGGGGGGCAGUUGU